UUCAUGUUUUCCCAUUAAUUACCUAACACCAUCUUAUACAUAACGUCAAAAAAAAAAAAACUUAUGCAUAUAAUCACACAAGAAUCCAGGUGCCAACAUCUGUUUCUACCAACCAAACUUAUAUUUGAAUUAGAUCUUCUUCUUCUUCUCUAAUUCAAGGAAACAUUCAUGAUGACCAUUCUUACUUCACAAAUGUCCCUUUUUUUGCUUCUACUUUUAUUUAUAACCACAUUCCACAAAACCAUGUGCAGCAAUCACACAGUUGUUCAAUGCAAUGAGAAAGAUCGCGAGACACUAUUAACCUUCAAACAUGGCAUCAAUGAUAGUCUUGGUCGAAUAUCAACGUGGUCAACCAAAAAUGAUUGUUGUGCUUGGGAAGGAGUCCUUUGUGACAAUAUUACAAACAGAGUUACAAAAGUUGAUCUCAACUCCAAUUAUUUGGAAGGUGAGAUGAAUCUUUGUAUUCUUGAACUUGAGUUUCUCAGUUAUUUGGAUUUGAGUGAUAAUAAAUUUGAUGUGAUAAGAAUUCCAUCCAUUCAACACAACAUCACACAUUCCUCUAAACUUGUCCACCUUAACUUAUCCUCCUUCAAUUUUGAUAAUACUCUUCACAUGGAUAAUCUUCAUUGGCUUUCUCCAUUUUCUACCUUGAAAUAUCUCCGCCUUAGUGGCAUUGAUCUUCAUGAGGAAACUAAUUGGCUUCAAGCAGUGAAUACACUUCCUUCACUAUUAGAGUUACGAUUAAAAAGUUGUAACCUGAACAACUUCCCAUCUGUUGAAUAUUUGAAUUUGUCUUCACUUGUAACUCUUUCUCUUUCUAGAAACAAUUUCACCUCUUAUAUACCUGAUGGGUUUUUUAAUCUCACCAAAAAUCUCACUUAUCUUUACCUUCGGGGGAGCAAUAUAUAUGAUAUACCUUCAAGCUUACUAAACCUUCAGAAAUUGAGAUGCCUUGAUCUCUCUCAAAACUACUUCAUGAUCAGCUCAUCUAUUGAGUAUUUGAAUUUGUCUUCACUUGUAACUCUUUCUCUUUCUGGAAACAAUUUCACCUCUCAUAUACCUGAUGGGUUUUUUAAUCUCACCAAAGAUCUCACUUAUCUUGACCUUCACGAGAGCAAUAUACAUGGUGAGAUACCUUCAAGCUUGCUAAACCUUCAAAAUUUGAGACACCUUUAUCUCUCUUAUAACCAACUACAAGGACUAAUUCCAAAUGGAAUAGGCCAACUACCAAAUAUUCAAUACCUCGAUCUCUCUGAAAACGAACUACAAGGAUCAAUUCCCACGACUCUAGGAAACCUCUCAUCAUUAAAUUGGUUAUUUAUUGGUUCUAAUAAUUUCUCUGGUGAAAUUUCAAAUUUAACUUUUUUCAAACUCUCUAGUUUAGACUCACUAGACUUGAGUAAUUCAAGUUUUGUAUUCCAAUUUGAUUUGGAUUGGGUUCCUCCUUUUCAACUCACUUACCUUUCAUUGGAAAAUACAAAUCAAGGCCCAAACUUUCCAUCUUGGAUAUAUACACAAAAGUCACUACAACUUCUUGAUUUAUCGAGCUCAGGAAUUUCGUUGGUAGAUAGAAAUAAGUUCUCGAGCCUUAUAGAAAGAAUACCCAAUGAAAUUUAUUUGUCAAAUAAUUCGAUUGCUGAAGACAUAUCCAACCUUACACUAAAUUGUUCCACUUUAUUGUUGGAUCACAAUAAUUUCACAGGAGGACUCCCGAACAUAUCACCAAUGUCCAAUAGAAUUGAUUUGUCUUACAACUCCUUCUCAGGAUCAAUUCCACAUAGUUGGAAGAACUUGUCAGAACUGGAAGUCUUGAACCUAUGGAGUAAUAGGCUGUCUGGUGAAGUUCUAACACACCUCUCUGCUUCAAAACGAUUGUUAUUCAUGAAUUUGGGAGAAAAUGAGUUUUUUGGAACCAUACCAAUCAGCUUAUCACAAAACUUACAAGUGGUCAUAUUGAGAGCUAACCAAUUUGAAGGGACUAUUCCGCAACAACUAUUCAAUCUCUCCUAUUUGUUUCACUUAGACCUUGCAAAUAACAAACUUUCAGGAUCUUUGCCACACUGCGUCUACAACUUGACUCAAAUGGAUACUGAUCAUAUGGAUUCAUGGUAUGUUACCACUGUUGUUUUAUUUACCAAAGGUCAAGAUUACGUGUAUUAUGUUAGCCCGAACAGGCGAACGAUUGACCUUUCGGUCAAUAACUUAUUUGGAGAAGUUCCAUUGGAAUUGUUUCGGCUUAUUCAAGUUCAAACAUUGAACUUAUCUCACAAUAAUUUGACUGGAAGAAUUCCAAAGACCAUUGGAGGCAUGACAAAUAUGGAAUCUCUAGAUCUCUCUAAUAAUAAGUUUUUUGGUGAAAUUCCUCAGAGCAUGGCUCUCUUAAAUUUUUUGGGGGUGUUGAAUUUAUCUUGCAAUAAUUUUGAUGGAAAAAUCCCAAUUGGAACUCAACUUCAAAGUUUUAAUGCAUCGAGUUACAUUGGGAAUCCUAAACUAUGUGGAGCUCCUCUUAAUAAUUGUACCACGAAAGAAGAAAAUCCUAAAACUGCAAAGCCGUCCACAGAGAAUGAAGAUGAUGACUCUAUAAAAGAAUCACUGUACCUUGGCAUGGGGGUUGGAUUUGCAGCAGGUUUUUGGGGGAUUUGUGGUUCUUUGUUUUUUAUUAGAAAAUGGAGGCAUGCAUGCUUUCGGUUUAUUGAUAGAGUGGGCGACAAACUCUAUGUUACUUUGAUCGUAAAGUUAAAUAGCUUUCGCAGAAACUGAGCUGCUGUUAGUUAAGGUGAUUAUGUCUGUGACAGAUCUUGGAUAUAAUUUUGCAAACAAAGUCAAUAUUGUGAAUAUCAAUAAUAAGAAAGAGAAGACACUGUUCUUGGGGAUUGUCCUCAUCUCAUGUAUCUCCCUCUUUAAUUUUGGACAGUGUUGCUUAUGUUAUGUAUCUCUCUUCUUUUUAUUAGUUUAUGUAUCACUUUAUGCAGAUAGUUGCAGAAUAA